AGGAGAUGCCAACAUCCGCUGACGGAGAGAGAGUAGACAAUGAGGGGCUGUUAAAGGAAGGAAAAGCCUUAUUUCUCACUUCCACCUUAUUUUUUUUUAAUGCCGGAAAAAAACAGUCCCGAGGAUCCAGCCAGUGCGCGCUGAUUGUGGUGUUCAAACAAGGCGGGGCUGACGCUGCUGGCUGAUUUUUUUUUUUGGACGAACCACAAGUAGGUUAGCGCAGACACUAAAACACAGAGUGCUGCUGUCCCCGCCGCUGCUUUUGUUGUUGUUUGUUUGUUUUUUUUUAAUGACACUUAAGACCCAAACAUGAAUUCAGCGGAGCAGACGGUUACAUGGCUCAUUACGCUGGGGGUCCUGGAGUCUCCUAAGAAAAGCAUCUCGGAUCCAGAGGCUUUCCUCCAGGCGUCUCUGCGGGAUGGAGCGGUGCUGUGCAGGCUGCUGGAGCGACUCAGACCCGGGACGGUGGAUAAAUUUUUCCAGGAGCCGAGGAGCGACAGCGAGUGUCAGAGGAACAUCAGCGAGUUUGUAAAAGGCUGCGGGGCUUUCGGUGUGGAGCCUUUCGAGGUCAAUGACCUGCUGCAGGGACUGAACUUCUCUAAGGUGCUAAACUCCUUGGUUGCCCUCAACAAAGCUACUGAAGAUUUGAGUGUUUCUGGGGACACCGUAUGUGUGGCGCACUCCUCCACGUUGAGGAUCAAGUCCUUUGACUCUCUGAACACUCAGAGUCGCUCCUCGAAGCUGCUGCAGCCUCAGUACCGCAGCCUGGACAUGUCAGAGGGCAGUGGAUGUGGCCAGCUGCUGGUCAGAGCGCGCUUCCCCUUCCAGCAGACCAAUGAGGACGAGCUGUCUUUCUCCAAGGGUGACAUCAUUGUUGUGAACAGGCAGGAGGAGGGGGGAUGGUGGGAAGGCUCAAUGAAGGGCAAGACCGGUUGGUUCCCCAGUAACUAUGUGCGGGAGCUGAAAGGAAGUGACAAAACAUCAGACAAGCCGAAGUCUGGGACACUCAGAAGUCCGCCCAAAGGCUUCGAUACCACGAUCAUCAGUAAGACCUAUUACAACGUGGUCCUGCAGAACAUCCUGGAAGCAGAGACUGAAUAUUCAAGGGAGUUACAGAGUCUCUUGGGUUCAUACCUUCGCUCACUUCAUCCCACAGACAGACUCAGCAGCGUCGACAUCAGUCACAUUCAGGGGAAUCUGGAAGAGAUUUCAACAUUUCAACAAAUGCUGGUCCAGUCAUUGGAAGAGCAUACCAAGCUUCCUGAGAGCCAGCAGAGGAUCGGAGGGUUCUUCCUGAGCUUGAUGCCUCAGAUGAAGACCAUCUAUGUGGCCUACUGCUCCAAUCACCCGUCCGCUGUCAAUGUACUCACACAACACAGUGAGGAAUUGAAAGAGUACAUGGACUCAAAAGGAGCAUCCAGUCAGGGGGUCCUCACGCUGACCAUUAGCCUGAGUAAGCCCUUCACCAGACUGGAGAGAUACCCAACCCUGCUGAAAGAACUGGACAGACAUAUGGAAGAGCAGCACCCUGACCGAGCUGAUCUCCAUGCUUCUAUUGCAGCCUUUAAAAACCUCGCUGCGGAGUGUCAGGAAGUCAGGAAGAAGAAGGAACUGGUGUUGCAGAUUUUAACCGAACCAAUCAGAAACUGGGAGGGAGACGAUAUCCGAACUCUUGGCCCUGUCCUCCACAUGUCCCAGGCUGCUGUUCACUCGCAGAACUGUCAGGAGCCAAAUGAACGCCACCUCGUCCUCUUCCCUCACACUCUGCUCAUGCUCUCUGCCAGCCUGAGAAUGAGUGGAUUCAUCUACCAGGGGCGGAUACCAUUAUCAGGAAUGCUUAUCUCCAGGAUAGAGGAUGGAGAAAACAUGAAGAACGCUUUUGAAAUAUCUGGCAGCCAGGGUGAGCGGAUCCAGGUAGCGUGUAACAGUCAACGCGAUCUACAGGAGUGGCUGGACCUUCUCACGAAACACACCCACACUACGUCUGCACACACACACUUACACAAGCCUCUGUCUGCCUGUCACACACUGCCCUCCCACCCUGCCACUCCCUCCAGACACUCUGAGUCUCGUGGGGGGAGCAGCGGGAACACUUACCACACCCUUCCCCAUCUCACCUCAUAUGGGUUGGGACCCAAUAGCAGCCCCAUGUGGGGACCCCUGGAGCAACCAAGUACUCCCAAACCCUGGAGCUUGAGCUGCCUUCGCCCUGCUCCACCACUUCGGCCCUCUGCUGCUCUCUGCUACAAGGAGGACAUGAGUAAGAGUCCCAAGAAUGUGAAGAAGCUCCUCCCGAAGAGGAAGCCAGAGAGGAAACCUUCAGAAGAGGACUUCACUGUCAGAAAGAGUACAGCAGCUCUAGAGGAGGAUGCUCAGAUACUGAAAGUCAUUGAGGCUUAUUGUACCAGUGCCAAAACACGACAGACUCUCAACUCCACCUGGCAAGGAACUGACCUCAUGCACAACCAUGUGCUCGCUGACAACAGCCUCACAGUGGCUGGUUUGCCUGGCAACCCGCCGUGUUCUGACCAAUCAGAGGACUCGGAUUAUGACAGUAUCUGGACUGCACAUAGUUACAGGACUGCCUCAUUUUCUCGCUCCAGUAGGAAAGACGUCCAAAUGUUGUUCCCAGAAGAGGAGAAGAUUAUAGUGGAGGAAACAAGGAGCAAUGGACAAACUGUAGUAGAGGAGAGGAGUCUGGUGGACACUGUGUACAGUCUCAGAGAUGAAGUCCAGGAACUCAAACAGGACAACAAGAGGAUGAAGAGGACGCUGGAGGAGGAACAGCGGGCGAGGAAAGAGCUGGAGAGGAUUGUGAGGAGAGUUCUGAAGAACAUGAACGACCCGACCUGGGAUGAAACUAACCUCUGAGACUCGUAUAUCUGACCCUGAAGGAUGAGAUCACGUUCUGACUUUUAAACGACGACGUGACAAACAAGUCAUUCCACCUGUGUGGACAAGAAGCUGCCUAUAGUUCAUUCCGCUUCAGCGCGUCUCCAUUUCCACUAGCUUUGACCUUCACAGUGACCUCUGUGCCAAACUGUGGACCAAUGUAAAACACCUGCCAGCCAUCAGCAAAGCUAUCCCAACUGACCUUAAAGCUGUGAAGCCACACUAGCCUGUAGGCAAGCUGAUUAGCCAUCUUUGAAACACUGACACGAGAAUCAAGAUCGUUUUUUUUUUCAUUUACUUUGUGUAUUUUUCUCUCAUUGCUUUUUAAUGGAACAUUUCACAGUUGCUGGGACAGUAUUUGACUGACUGGCCUGGUGCACGAACACAAGCGCUACAUGGGUUUGUUUAUUUCAUAGAUUAUUGUGGAUGAAGCUCCUCCUUGAAACUUGAAAUGGACAUUUGAUUCCCACGCUCCACGUUUCAUUGCUCAUUUUCAGUUGUUAGAUCAUCAUAACGGGACUUUUAAAAACAGAUUUACAGACAAAAAAAAACAAAAAACUAUGAAGUUCAUUCAGUUUAUAUUUUUUACAUUUUAAAUGAAACCUAAGUCUACCAGCACUUAUAAGCGACCUCACGAGUUUUACGGGAUUAGAUUACAUUUUCAGUGUUGUGUGAAUACAGACUUAGUUUACAGAUCCAUAGAAGUAGUAGAGUAGCCUUACUGAUCUUUGCUUGGACCUAUUGUGCCAGUUUAUCCACUUCUGCAUACAGAUGUCUGGAGGCUCGAGAUGAAGAAUAAUUUGGGGUUUAGAUGAUCGCGCUCGAACUUCUCAAAUCGAAAACAAGAAAUCGUAGAAAUGCGUAGUUGCUGAAAAAUAAGCCUGUUAUUGUCGAAAGGUUUCUCAGGAAUUAAGGUGACCAUCAGGGAGUUCCAGAUUAACAUUUCAAAUUUCACAUCCAGAGCAAUAUUUAAAAAUUGAUAUUAAAUUGUAAUGUGGGGGCUACAAAAACUCAGAGCGAAGCUUCUGCGCUGCCUCGUAAACCAAGAUCUGCUAAAAUUCAUGCUGUCCAGAAAUCAUUGCCUCCUCUUUAAAAGCUCAUGGAGGUUUUAUUAUUUUAAAAAAAUGAUUUGUUUCUUGUUUUUUUUUUUUUUUUUUUGAGUGAUUAACAUUAAACUUACUGUAAGACGACAGAAUUGAAGAAACAGCAUUUACAAAUUCAGUUUUCUAAACUUUGCUUCUGAUAAUCAAUCUUUUGGUUGUCCCAAUGAUAAACAGUAAUUCUUUAAAGUAUCGUUUACCUUUAAAGACAUUAGGAUAGUACCACCUUUAAUGUGUGGCAAUACAUAAUCUAUCAUUGAUAUUGUAAAAUAAAAGUAAUAAAAAUGUCAGUGUCAGAGCCCAGAGGGUAGGAAAUAGUAAAAUGCAGCUCACUUAACAAAAAGAAAAAUCAGCAACAAUGUAACUUCAGAUAUCAACAAAAAUAUAACAAUAUGAACACUAAACAAAUUGCAGGUUUAUAUUUUAAUCCACUGUCAGCAGCUGAAAGCUGUAGUUGCAGUGUCAGACUGCAGGAGUUCACCUCUGACUCUGAGGUGAGGAAAGCACUUCAUCGCUAAAAUGAAGCCCAGAUAAACACCCACACUCAUCUUUAUCGAGUCCUAACGUCAUUUUUUCCAGAGCUAAACAAUCAGUGCCCUUUUCUUUUUCCAAUACCAAAGGCAAAGCAAUACAACACUGGAAAAUGUUUUUUAUGAUGUCAAUAUGCAACGUAAUGUGCAAUGAUUUCUUAUUUUUUAUAUUUGUCUUUAUGUUUUUACUCUGGCUUUGAUUUGUAACACUCAUUAUUUUCUACUUGACCUGGUUGAUCACUAAAAAUAAUUUGUAGAGAAAAGCUACAGUUUUUUCGUGCCAUUGGGAGAAGAAAAAAAAUCCUUUGUUAAAGCUUUUAUCUUUAAGACUUCACCUACAAAUGACAUAUUACUGAAAGCAGAACCACAUUAAUGUAAGCUAUGUAAUACAGUAUGCCAUUUACUGGCUCUAACUAAUGUAUUUAACUGAAAAUGACUGAUGUAAGUGCAUUGUGUGUUCAGAUGUUAUAGCAAUGAAGGUGAUUACAGUAGUUACUGUGACAAAACUCAUCCAACCCCCUAUUUAUUUCACCCGUUUGUCUGAUUGAAUAAAGUGUUGAAAUCAAUCGUGGA